AUGGUGGUUCGAGACGAGUUAAUUCGAAGAAGAGUACUGUUCAUUGGAACAUCUGUGCCGAUGGAAACAUCUGAAGGAUUGGACGCCGUACAGCAGCCGUUACGUGAUCGGUACCCAAUUGACGAAUCGAAACAAAUUGAAGGAAUACUUGCUUACCUUACAGUGUCACAAAGCGGAUUACAAAUGGAAUAUUGUGAUGCCUCCAAGGAUGUGAUUCUGUUCCCAAUUUCAUCAGUGACAUUAUGUGCUGCCGUACGGUGUAUAUCCGUUAUCAAUAAUGCCACAAAAGAAAGAGUUGCUAAAUUUGUUUCUCUCAGUUCUGUUACGGCAGGUGGUGCCAAUGCGAAACGACCAGCUAUAUUUACUGCGAUCACUCGCAGAACCGUUGGAAAGAAAGUGCUAGAAUGUCAUGGAUUUGUAUGUGAAUCGGACAGAGACGCUUUAGAUCUUGUUCAAGCUACAUCCACUGCUGAUAAAAUGAGUAAAGGUAGGGUCAUGAAUGGUUCCUUUACAUUGACACAUGCUAAUGAUACGUUAAAAUCUGGCAUGAAUGGUCAUAGCGAGCACUACAACAUGAGGUUAAAGUCUGGAGAAGUGAGAAACGCUGCCCCAGAAUUCUAUGAUACCCCACCUCAACAAGGUUACUUUUACACAUCAAAAUCAAACAUUCCUGUCAAGAAAUACACUAUGGAAAAAGUAGUUUCAGAUGGUGAAAGUGAACGAAUCCGUGCGACAUCACCAAUUCCACUUUCUGUCCGACCAAGUGUAGAAAGAAGAUCAGCAUAUAGCUUUCAGACAACCAGAACGGGACCCCCACCCCCUGUCCUUCACACCUUACCUAGACCAGCACCUAACAUGGUACCAGUAAGAACCGUUCCUGUUCAAACUCAUGCCAGACCUCGAUUCUUUUCACCACCACCUACCCUCCUCAGACAGAAAAGGUUUCCAAAUGAACCAUACGUAGUGGUGGGACACCCACCACCCCAUCCUGUUGUCAUAGACGGUCCACCACAUUUAAUAAGAGGUAGACCGCGUCGUCGUGGAUCUGAAUCGUCAGCAUCUCAUUCUCACGAACAUGCUUCCUCCAGGUCUUCCUCUCCACACGAAACGGCCUACCCGAGAAGAACUAUGAAUGGCGAUGGCGAUGCAUCAAGCGAAGUUAGUUCUCGACCAAGAACUCCACCAACUGAUUACGAUAAAGGACGAUCCAAAGCCAGGGUGAGUCGAAGAGAGCAAUAUGAGAUGAGACAUACAAAUUUCUACCCUUCAGCUCUACGCAAUGGUGAUGUGUACCCACCAGGAGCACCUUACGACUUCUACCCACCACCUCCUGGUAGGUUAGUGUACGUAGAGAGAGCUAGAUCAGUCCCUCCUCCGGUAGAGAGAGCCAGGACACUGGAGAAGAAAAACAAGAAGAAGAACAAGAAGGACAAAAAGAACAAGAGGCGAACAAAUGGUGCACCUAGUGACAUCUCUACGGAUAGCUUUGGCUACAUGUCAGAACAGGGUACUAGUUCUAACAGACCUAGAGAUUUCAGAAGAUUCGAAAACCAAUUUAAACACGAGAGAGCCUUUUCUAGAAGUUUGAUGGAACAAAAUAAACAGACAGGGGCCGCUGACAAUCAAUCUUACGCUUUGAAUGAACUUAUGGCAAGUAGAGGACGCAAUGGUGAACCGGAACCAUUCGCAAUGUACUAAACGCAAUAUAAACCUUAGUGAGUGAUAAAGCUAUGGAGCCGGCGAAAAUUUGUCUACGCAUUCAUCUUCGCCUUUUGUUUUUUUUUUAAUUUGGAUUAUCAAUAUACGUAUAACAUUUACUAAUUGUUUUUGUAUUUGGAUUAAAGUUGUGACUAGAGUUUGGGAUCAAAAACACUUCAAUAGUGUCAAUAAGAUGCGACAAAACAGCUGAUCUUUGGCCUAUUUCAACUAGAACUGGUCGCUUCAAGUGUAUCCCUGGCCUAAUGGAACAGACGAUGCUUUGAAGAGCUACUGUGUUUUGGUAUCGGAGUAUGUAGGGAAUGUUAGCCCAGUAUUGUAAUAAGAUCAGGUAAAGAGUAGUGUUCAACCAUACCUUGAAUAUUUGUGUAAGAGAUUUAGCGAUUAAUUUAAGUUCUACUGUAAGCUCUACUUUAAGCUCUAAUAGGUUAUGACAGGUGUGGUCACUUUUAUUUUGACAAUCUAGGUAGGGGUCCUAUUGACUGUCUAUUGCUAUACUUGUGGUGGUAUAUGAAUUCAAUAUUAGACUUCUAUAGCAUAUACCAGCAACAAUUGUUGAUAUGUGUAAGGGAUUGUAAAGAUAUUUAUUUUGUUUAUCCCUAUUCAAAUAUUGCAAAAUAAUACAUUUAAAUAUAAAAACCUGACAAAAUAUAAACAUAUGGAAUAAAGCCAUUCCCAUUCCAUCAAUUUGUAUAAGAUAAAGGUUUCACAAUCCCUUCACAGUAUCAUCACCAUAUUGUAAUACGAAAUUUGAAACUUUGCCAAUAAAGGCUAUGAUCUUCUCUUUAAGAGUGUACUAACAUGUCUAUAUUGAUACUUAGUUUUUGGUAAAUACCAACGCGUUUAUAACAAAGCCUGUACCUAUUGUGAUAUAUAAUAUAUAUAACAUUAUGCAACAUUGUAAAAAGAUGGUGCAAAUGAUUGAUUAAAAUUAUGAUAUUGGUCUAACGAAACGUGAACACAAAGUCAUAACAUAACACUACGUCAUGUAUAUGAUAAAUAUUGUUACUUAUAUUAUUAGAACCUAAUUAUGC